AUGCCACCUCCGACCAGUCCCACGAGUCCACACUCACGCAUAGGAGCCCGACCACUAACACCAUUGUCUUAUCUCUCCUCGCCAGUACCCGACUUCGCGGCAACACUGCGAUCGACCGAAGCCGCGGAGCGAGCAGACGAGGCUAAUGUGAGCUUCUUGCGGGAUUCACUAGACGAGCUGGAACGCAUCAGUCAUACAUCGCGGACACAUAUCGAGCCUCACCGGGAUCCUCGGAGACGGCCACAGUCAAGGCAGGGUCAGGCACAAGGACAAACAGCUGCGGCGCAGAGUAGUGAUACGCCCGAGGAUUUGUCGAGGCGUGAAAGGCUACAGCGAGUACUGCAGCGGCUGAACAGGCUUCACGAGCCUGCUGUGUCUUCCCACUCGGCGUACAGCAAUCGUACGCCAUCGCCAAAUAGGCAGAGUCUCUACGAUUGGGCUCCGUCAUACAACGAUAACGAUCACCAGCAAGGUAACGAGCUAGAUAACAUCCUGGACGAGCUGCGACGGGACCAAACGGAGACCCGGCAUCCCGACGUUUCACGAGUACUGAGUCAAGGUCAGCUGGAUACCCAUCGUGCGCGACGGGAAGGCAACGGCACACCAGCACCAGGUACGACGGCCGCGGAAGCAGCUGAGCGAAGAGAGAGGAUCCGAGAUCGGGAGCGGAGGAGGCGAGAGACAGAGUGGGUGAGCUUACGAGCUCGGGCAGCGAUUCAACGGUCGAGGCAGGAAGGGUCACCGAGUGCAACAGAGAGGAUGCUGCGGUAUGUGAUGGAAAGGGAGCGGAGUGGUAUAAGCGAGGAGGAGGACAGGGCCAGAGCAUCGGGCUGGUUUCGACCUAAUAAUGCUGGAAACAUUACGGCAGGGCAGCACAGCGGUCCCAGGGCUCUACCUCCAUUGGACGAUAUGUCUGAUCUGUGGUCUGCAUCUACCGGAGAAGACCACGUUACACGCGAUCUAGAACGACAGGAACGCAUCGAGGCUUUCAGACGAGGCUAUCUCGCUGAGAGUGUGCCGUCACGUCUACCACGGAUAUCUACCCCUCCACCCGUCCCAAGCAAUGUCGUACCUCCCAAUGUCUCUACACUCUUCCUGGAAAAUGCUUUGAGAUAUCUGGACGAGCUGAGAUGGAUACCAACCCCGGAAGAUCUCGACUCCAGCGAGUUGAGGGACCGUAACGCUAACGUACUUGACCUCUCGAUUGAUCAUGGUCUUGCAACACCUGAGCUGUGGGCUGACAAGCACAAUGACUUUGUAAUGGAUGUGCACGCGCUACGACCCUUACCAUAUUCGUCGUGGCUGCAACCAGGUACGAGCUUCGAAGGACAUCAACUCGCCACCAACUCUCGCAUACCGUGUGAUAUGAGACCAUCACGAUCAAGCACAGUCACGCAUGUUCUUGAGCAAAUCAACCCAGAUUACCAUUCACGGUCCACAUCUACUACACAGGACCACCCACCGGGCUCCACGAGCGCGACACCAUUCGACGCUACAAGACCGUGGCUCUCGCAUACACCAGUCCUCCCGAACUUAUAUGCAUUGCAAGCCGCGAACAGACAGCUUGCAGAGACGCAACAUGAUCACUGGCCUGUGAGAGUGACCCUCCACACAAUAGAUUGGGAGAAGAUGACCUUGCAAGGAACGAUGGAAGCCUACGAUGUCCCUCAGCACCCAACUAGUCUGAGUAUCCUCGGCAACAACGGCUCUGAAAGACCAAAAGCUGGCAAGAAGAGCGCACCUAUCGUGACGUACCUCGAAGGCCACAUCAUCGAUCUAAGAACCCACAGCUUUCUCACACCACUUACCGAAGCACCUACUGACAAGUCCGGCAACACCGCCAACACUACCACAAGCCCAACAGCCGAACUUGCCUUCCCACCCACCACAACCGCCACAGACGCCAAGAACUGGCUCAGACUCCCACCCUUUAAUACCCUCUCACCAACCAAAUCCACAGAUCCAUUAUCCACCCUCUCCCUCGCAGACACAGCAGCAAACACCCUCCUCUCCACCCAAGCCCUCAAUCACGACCUUCUGGAAAAGUACAUCUUCAUGCGCUGGAAAGAACGGUGCUUCAUCCACACUCCCAACGAUCCUUGUCCGGAAAAGACCUCGCACUCAUCAACCGCGAGUGGAGAUCAGGAUAGAGGGCAUGGGUUGACGAUUUCGGGGUUCUAUUAUGUUAGUCUGAGGAGGGCGGACGGGAAAGUGGAGGGGGUGUAUUUCGAUCCUGGGUGCUCGCCUUUUCAGUCUCUCAGGCUGCAGGGAAAGGCGGGUGGGUGGGGUGCUUGGGAGUUCCGGUAG